GAUUGUGGCCCAAUGGGCUUGCAAAUCCCCCAAGAUUCGCUGGCCCGGGCCGUAGGGCCGGUAGUCCUCGGCGGUAAUUGCACGGGUUCGGACUUCUCGGAGUUCAUGGACCUUGUCGCCCAACACAUAUCCAACAUGUCACCCGAUUCCACCAUCGACGAAUUCUCUGUCGAUAACAGCACCAUAUCGACCGAUAAAACUUUUCCACCACCAUUUGCACAGACCGAAUAUUAUCGCCCUCACAAGGCCCCGAGAAGGGACCGUAUGAGCGAUAUAUCAACUAGGCUAGUCCCCGAACAUGCUAAGGUAGCAACGACAAAACCCGCAAAUGAGCAUGAAGAGCAAGCUCUAAGCAUGAUUACAACACUGUUAGAAUGCGCUGUCGCCAUCUCUAUCGAUAAUUUGCCCGAUGCAAACCGAAUGCUGCUUGAGCUCACCCAGCUUGCCUCCCCUUAUUCCCCGUCCUGCGCAGAGCGGGUCAUCGCCUACUUCACCCACGCAAUGUUGAGUCGAGUCAUGAGCUCUAGGCUCUCAAUUUGUUCGCCUUUAGUCCCCCACAAGUCGAUAUUGGCUUCGUUCCAAGCUUUCAACAACAUCUCACCCUUCAUCAAAUUCUCCCAUUUUACGGCAAACCAAGCGAUCCUUGAGGUGUUUCAUCGCCACGAUCGAGUCCAUAUCAUCGACCUCGACAUCAUGCAGGGCCUCCAAUGGCCGGCACUGUUCCAUAUACUUGCAACAAGACCUGAUGGGCCUCCGCAUGUGCGAAUGACCGGCCUUGGGGACUCGAUGGAGGACUUACAAGAGACGGGAAAGCAAUUGUCAAAUUUCGCUAAGAGGCUCGGUAUGCCAUUUGAAUUCAGUCCAAUAGCGAAAAGGCUCGGUGAUAUUGACCCGUCGACGAUCCAGGCCCGCAGAGGUGAGGCCCUCGCCGUGCAUUGGCUACAACACUCGCUCUACGAUGCAAAUGGGCCAGAUUGGGCCACAAUGAGACUUAUCGAAGCACUUCGGCCCAAUGCAAUUACGCUUGUCGAACAAGAGAUGAUCCGCACGGGCUCGUUCUUGGACCGGUUCGUUGGGUCACUGCACUACUAUUCGACCCUGUUCGAUUCGUUGGGCGCGUCGUUGCCCGUAGACAACCCGUCCCGUUACCGGGUAGAGAACGGGCUUUUGGCCAGGGAGAUAGGUAAUAUAUUGGCCAAGGAGAAAUUCUCGAGUUGGAGGAUGGAAUUGGGCCGAAGGCCCGCGUUCGCUCAGCUGCCCAUGAGCUCAAACGCAAUGGCCCAGGCCCAACUGAUCCUUAACAUGUUCCCGCCCUCGCUGGGCUAUACGAUCCUGCAGGGCGACGGAACACUGCGGUUGGGCUGGAAGAAUACCGGGCUUUACACAGCCUCGGCCUGGACGUCAAGGCUGGCAAGGUGAUAAGUUUGGCCCAUAUCCUAGGCCCAUUAAAGAGGGGUUGCUGUAAUGUGACUAUAUAGUAGACGUAGAUUGAGGUUUGGUAGCUUAAUUAUGAACAACA